AUGGCGUCCACCAGUCGCACUGAGGAGAUUGCUGAGAGCGAGUUUUCAAAUAGUUCCAAGGACCAGGAAGAUCUCCUGAGUUUUCCAAAGACGGACGGGGACGAGCUCGAGCACAUGGACUGGGUACGAUUUAAAAAUAGCAGGGGAAAAGAAUAAUGAGAUGAUGAAAAGAGACAUGACGCAACACCUCAGAACUUUUGCCAAGUUAAAUGAAUCGGAAACGAAGAAAAUAAUCAAUAAAUUCAUGGAAGUAGCAGAGAAAAGAGAGAUGGUGAUUGCGAAAAGAGAAGCCUACAUUGAUAAACUUCGCGAAGACAAGAGAGUCCUGGAGUAUUACUAUGCUCAUUUGCAGGCCAAUGAGCAGCAAGUGCAGCAAAUGGAGCAGAUGCAGCAGGAGAUGCAAGCGCUCCGAAGACAGUUGGAAGAGGCGCAGAAGCAGCUGACCAAAGAGCAGAACACUGGCGUACGAGUGGUAUCGGAGGUAACCAGAAUGAAGGAAGAGAGAGAAGAAAGACUGUUGGAAUUACAGAACGCGGAGGCGGAAGGCAAGAGGUUGCGCGCGAGAGUGUCGAAACUUCUGACGGAAGCUGAGGAAAGGAAAUUCCGAGUCAAUGAGGUGAAGCAGCAGAACGAAGAGUUGAAGAAAGAGAUCGACUUCCUGAAGAGACAGUCGGCGACCAACACGUACUCUAGGCGCGGUGAGCUAACAGAAAAGGAAGCCAAAAAACAGGAAGAUGUUCAGACCAAGGCCGACGAGUUCCACCGGAGGACAACCACCGAAGAGCAGAGGACUUCAACGUCUCGUAA